UCAAACAUGCGGAAUCUGCUAGAGAGUCGUAUCAAAGUACAAGUGUCCUUGUUGUCUUACUCCUUAGCAACAAGGACACUUGUACUUUGAUACAAUUUUCUGGUAGAUUCCGCAUGUUUGAGCAGCUCGCGGAAACAUCUCUAUCUCUCUCACCGAACUACGCAAUUCAGGGAGACGACACCAACUUGGAGUACCCGUGCAACCUAGAAGCAUAAAGAGACUCCCUGUGCUAAACCUUCUUCUUUAACAGAGGAGAAUCCAGCGACUUCUCCAGCAAAGCAAGUUACAACUGAUGUGGUGAGACCAAAUCUAGCGGUAGUGGUUUUGUAGAUGCGUCUGAAACAAAGGAAGUUCAGGUGGCUGUGGCAAGACCAGAGGAAGCAAAGCAUGCUCUUCAAACUUUUAAAGCCACAGCAGACAACAAAUGUUUCAAACUUUGGUUCCAAGCCACUUUACCGUGAGUUUUGGUUAGGUGUGUCUUCAACAAAGGAAGUUCCAGUGGCAAGACCCAUAAUUGUAGAGGAUGCAAAGUAUGUUGUAGACAAGACAGAGCUCGAGGCUAUUGCUUCUUCUAGUGAAAUCCGAGAAGCACUAAAGGAUGAAGCCCUACAGAAACUCAUCACCAAUAUCGAUCGCUCUUCCAACCCUCUCAAGGCACUCGACGAAGCAAUGGGAGAUGAAGCUUUCCGCAUUCUCAAAGACAAGAUUCUAUUAAACCUUUCCAAGAAGAAAUGACGAGAAGAAGCAAUGAGAGCAGCGUAGUCACAUCCAAACAGAAGUUCCAGAUCACUAUUCUCUUGAUUCAUUGUUUUGCGUUACUAAGUUUCAGUCGCAGGAGUGAAAUGUUCAUUUGACUUUGUAUAUAUAAAUAACCCCACCAGAGGAUUACAGAUUACAGAAACUAAAUCUUACAUGUGUUGUGAGUUUGUUGGAGAACA